GGCGGGGUACUUUUAUACAAGUAUUACUUGAUGCCGCGGGAUUGAGACGAGGGAACACUGGUGCAACAUCAGGACACUUCCCAUUUCAGAAAAAGUUCCCCAGGAAAACCCGAAAAGUUGCAAAAAUGGCUGAACAUUCAUUCCCCCCUCUCAAGAAUGACCUGCUUCUUAGAGCUGCACGGGGCGAAACCGUUGAACGCCCGCCCAUCUGGGUGAUGCGGCAGGCUGGUCGUUAUCUCCCAGAGUACCACGAGGCCAAGGGUGGUCGUGACUUUUUUGAGUGCUGCCGCAGUCCCGAGAUUGCUUCGACUUUGACCCUGCAGCCCAUUGAACGCUUUGGCGGACUUAUCGAUGCCGCCAUCAUCUUUUCCGACAUUCUGGUCAUCCCCCAGGCGAUGGGUAUGACUGUUGAGAUGGUCGAUAAGAAGGGCCCUCAUUUUCCCGAUCCCCUGCAGACUCCCCAGGAUAAGCAGUACAUCGAGCUCAUGGAGCGCCAUGUCGAUGUCGCCAAGGAGUUGGACUAUGUCUACAAGGCGAUCACUUUGACCAGGAAAAAGCUUGAUGGGCGAGUGCCCCUUUUCGGCUUCACUGGAGCGCCAUGGACACUGUUGUGCUACAUGGUUGAGGGUGGCGGCACCAAGCUGUUCAAGCAGGUCAAGACGUGGAUCUACAAGUACCCAGAGGAGACCAAGGCUCUUCUCCAAAAGAUCUCAGAGCUCUGCGUGGAGUAUCUCGCGCUGCAAGUCAAGGCUGGAGCUCAGAUUGUUCAAGUUUUUGAUUCUUGGGCUGGUGAGCUUUCGCCAUCAUCCUUCAAGAAGUUCUCUCAGCCAUACCUCGCUUAUAUCGCCAAGCACCUUCCUCUGCGCCUCAAGGAGCUCGGUCUCGAGCAGGUUCCCAUGGUGGUGUUCCCCAAGGGUGCAUGGUACGCCCUCGACGCAUGCGCCGAUAUGGGAUACCAGGUGAUUGGCAUGGAUUGGCUACAUGAUCCUGCGGAGGCUGUCAAGAUCAUUGGAGACCGACCAGUGGUUCUUCAAGGCAAUGCCGACCCCGGCGUACUGUACGGCUCGCACGAGUCCAUCACCGAGGUUGUUACCGAAAUGGUCAAGGGUUUCGGCUGGGCAGAGCGCAAGAAGGGCUGGAUUGUUAACCUCGGUCACGGCAUCACCCCAUUUGUCAACCCAGAUGACCUCAAGUUCUUCUUCCAGGAGAUCCACCGCCUCACCAAGACCGAUUGACUGGAUCUGCCGGAAUCUGUACGAAUUGCCAUAGACUUGUUUAUUUUGCCGUAGCAAAAGUUUAGAGCUUGAUGUUUUGCAAGCUUUCAAGAUCGAGUAUUCCCCUGCAGAGUUGUAAUGUCAGGCCGAGCUUCAUGAUUUGGUCUUUGGGAAGGGCAUAUACCAUGAUACAAUCCACGAUGGUUUACCACCAAUAGCACGGC